CUCUGGGCCGUCUGGAGCCUCCGCUGCCAGUCUCCGGGCGCCCCCCACCCCCACCGGCGACCCAAAGCCGCGCGGGGACGGGGCCAUGUGUCGCGCGCGGCUCCGCCUCCCGCCGGUCCUCUGAGGCGGCGGCCGGGGGGAACACAGAGACAGCCAGGCGCCUAUCCGGCAUUGUGGUGCCUGUAGCGGGUGCAGCGGACUGCGCUGUGGCCAGGCCUUUUUUGCUCUGGUCCAGACCACCCGGAUGGGGCUCUCCGGGCCCCGCCCCGUCUGGCCUAGCCCGGCCUGCCCGAGUCGCGCAAGCUGUGCAGGCAGGCUAGCGGGACGACCCCAGCCCCACGUCCUGCCACCCGCCAGCGAAGGAUCCGGGGAUGGGCAAGCGCCACCCGGCCCGCUCCGGAGUCAGCAUUGGGUCUCAGUGAGGCCGGGUGACGCUCCAGAAUGGGAGACAAGCCAAUUUGGGAGCAGAUUGGAUCCAGCUUCAUUCAACAUUACUACCAGUUAUUUGAUAACGACAGAACCCAACUAGGCGCAAUUUAUAUUGAAGCAUCAUGCCUUACGUGGGAAGGACAGCAGUUCCAGGGGAAAGCGGCCAUUGUGGAGAAGUUGUCUAGCCUUCCGUUCCAGAAAAUCCAGCACAGCAUCACGGCGCAGGACCAUCAGCCCACGCCAGAUAGCUGCAUCAUCAGCAUGGUUGUGGGCCAGCUCAAGGCUGAUGAAGACCCUAUCAUGGGAUUCCACCAGAUGUUCCUAUUAAAGAACAUCAACGAUGCUUGGGUUUGCACCAAUGACAUGUUCAGGCUUGCCCUGCACAACUUUGGCUGACCUCCUCCCAGCCAGGCACUCAUGCUGUUUCCUCCUCCCUCCUCUUCCCGAUACUAUUCACACUCCUCCAGAUGCUCCAAAUAUCAUACACAAACGAGCAGGGCCGCGGUGGAAGUGGGCGCAGUGCGCUGCUGCUACUGGGGUAUUGUGCAUGAUGUUUGGACGCUAGACUAGUUGCAUCUGACAGGAGAAGUUUGUGUUGUACCAGCGCAUGCCUUGGAAAGACUUAAGUAAUGCAAAAGGUUGUCUCUCUCUCUUUUUUUUUUUUUAAUCUACUGACAAGUUGCUCUAGUAACCCAAAGAAGUGAAGGAGAAAGCAGCUGCCUCACCGCCCAGAUAUUGAUUUGUUCGGAUGUUUCAAUGCCUCAUGAUACAAUAAAACCACAAAAAUUUUCUUAACAGUUUAAA